AUGAGUCCCCACGACUGUAAGCUGUUCGACGACUUCGACGCUCGGUGGGAGCGCCGCUUCUCCGACACCCGGGCCGCGCACGAGAUCUCUCGGGUCGUUUCCGCUUCGACCCAGGCUGCGGCCGUCGGAGCCGCUGUCGUCGCCGACAACUGGGGCGGUCUCUUCGGUGGAGACGACGACUCCAUCGCCACAGAUACCGAUGCACCAGUGGUGGCUGACAAUUGGGGAGGUCUCUUUGACUGGGAUGACGACUACAUCGCCGCCCACCUCUCCGCACAGCUCCCAGGUAGCCAAGCCGAGCAGUGCCUGAUGCUCGCGCCGGCGUCGCUCCCCAUAGAGCGCGGAUGUGAGGUCUUCGGCCUCGACACCGUUCCGCCACGCAUCUCCGCCUCGGUCAUGACCGCACCAGCGACUCCGUCUCCUCCCGUGACGCUGGACCCGCCGUUCGUGCCUCCGCAGCAGAAGCAGGACAGCAGCCGGGCGCCGCCGCCGCCGCCGCCCACAGCGAGCCGCGCCAACGCCAUCGCGCGGCUCCUGGCGAACGGCAACCUCGUGCUGCGGGUCCCCGGCGCUGGCGUGGUGUGGCAGAGCUUCGACCACCCCACCAACAUGCUCCUCCCCGGCAUGAAGCUGGGCGUGGACUUCCGCACGGGGCUGGACUGGCACAUGUCCUCGUGGCGCGCCACGGGGGACCCGUCCCCGGGGGAGUACACCUUCCGCCUCGGCCACGCGCGGGGCUUUGAGAUCACCUUCGUCAACAACGAGUUCAAUCACCGUCGCCUGCUCCACUCGCGCGGGCCUGCCGCGCUCGACCGCGUGCCCCGGUUCCGCUUCGACGCGUUGGGCCGCGGCAACCACGCCGGGCGCAACGACCCCGACGACAUGUACCUCUGCAGCGCGCACGCCAUCAGCGGAAGCGUCGGCCUCAUCCUCGACCCCGACCCGCGCCGCCGCGGCCGCUACCUGGUCGCGCAGCUCUACCCGCGCGACUCGGUUCUCCACGGCGACUGGCUACUCUGCUACACCAGCGCGCACCUGCGUUUCGUUCCGCUGCCCGCCGACUUCGAGAUGCGGAAGGACAUCUUCCAAAUCCACCGCGCGUACGUCGCGCAACGCCGCCGCAUCCCUCCCGGCGAAGGCCAGCUCCGCUACGCUUUGCACGACCUCCAUGACAUCGCCAUAGCCGCGCCGGUCAAGUGUUCGACAGAUUGCAUGGGCGCCAACAUCAGCCUUCUGGCGUUAACGCACGCUGUCGAAGCUGUGCCAACAUCAUCACCAACCUCCAUGGCCGCACUACAGAAGGUUUACUUCGACCCUGCUGGUAUUUUCACCAACUCACCCACCACCUGUCCUGGGUACCUCGCAUCAGCUCAGCUUUUUGAGGAUUGUUCAUGGAAGAUCUCCACUGUGGUGUUGCUGCUAAGCACGCGUGUCCAGCAGACUCGUCACAUUGAUGGCAAGCUUUUGGAUUGGGAGCUGAGUGUACAUGUGCCAUUCUUCGUGGGCUGCGCUCGCCCCGGCUCGUGCGUUGGCUGUAUUGACACUGGAGGUGCAAACAGUAUGGGGGUGCUGUGGUUCUCUGGAAAGAUGCAUGGCCAGGCAGCCUGCGCCGGUGCUGGAGAUGCAUCUGAGUUUGGAUCUGUCAAUGCCAAAGUUAGACUGCUGGUUGAUUUUGAGCUACUCGAGACAAGGAUUUCAAGGGGUGGUUUCCUGCAUUUAUCAGCUAUUGUUCGAUCUGAACUUGAUGUGCUCCAUUCCUUCAGUCCCUGUUGCAUUUUUUAUGGAUUGGUUCACCUUAUCAGACUGUUACAUUUGCUGUCCCAAUGGGCUUCUAAUUUUCUAUUGCUCCUGUUGAGUGGAAGUGCUGAAGAUGCUCCCUUAUUGCCUGUUUGCUUUGCAAGAUGGAUGGCUAAAAGUUUGUUGCUGCAUGAGAAAACAGUUGUUGAAGUAACACACGUUGCUAUGAAGCCAUGGCCACCUCCUGCAAAUCUUCAUAAUAGCAUUGCAAGUGAGCCUAUUGAGACAGGUCCAGUUAAUUCAUUUGUGCUGCUAAGGGCUCCUGUUUUGAGGCUUCUGGCAGUGGUACAAGUCCCAACAACAGUUUCCGGAUUCAGGACAAGCAGUUCUCUGAACUUUUGGCCCAUUAUUUACAGUUAUUUAGUCACCUAUAUCAAACAGUGGGAUCGCGACCGUGCUGCACAACUGGGGCCUAUUAUGAACAAUUGCUUGGGUUCUGCCGCUACUAGUGAGAGUUUGAUUCUUGAGUACUCAUUUCCUCCAAAGGAUCAGAUGGGUCGCAUAUAUCUCAUCAUUGAUAGAAGAACUGGGCUGCUACUUGGUGUUGACAAAUGGGGCCUGAUUAUACCACAUGCAUACAUGCACAAAGGAGUGUUUCUGGUGGACGAUGAACAUGUCCUGGUGGCAGUAACAUUUGCUGAAAUUGGAGCAACACCUUGGCCCUUCCCAGUAGUGGUUUGGCUUUCUAGUGGGCUGUGUUUUCGCUUGCUCUGGAAGCCACCAUGGCAGCUACCUGCAUUGGUUGCAUUCAUAGAUGCUGGCCUUGAUGAUGUGGCUGAUGAUGAUGCAAAUAGGACCAUGAGCAUAAAGCAGAAGAUGUCCCUGUUGAAUCAAUUGUGCCGCAUGCUGCAGCUCCACCUGCUCUAA